CGUGUGGGGGCGUGUGUGUGGGUGCUGUGCGUGCCCGCGUCUCGAAAACGCGGCGGGCCAGGCGCAUAUAUAAGGCCUGCCGCUCUCGGAAAUGGAAUCAGUCUUCAACAUGAUGCGCCCAUUGCAUUUCGUUCUCCUUAUCUCGGCGUUCGCUUUCUUCACGUUCUCCUCUGCCGUGGAGUCGAAAGAAACUAACGUAAAUGCUGAGUUCGAAGCGCCGGCUGCGGCUACGAAUGAUUUAGAAACAGACGCCUCCGCCUACUGGGGAUACGGACGACCAUACGGUGGCUGGUACGGUGGUAGAGGAUAUUAUGGAGGAUAUCCUGGAUAUUUCAGAGGAGGAUGGGGUGGCAGAGGAUACGGAGGCUGGGGUGGCAGAGGAUAUUUGGGAGGUUGGGGGGGCGGUUACUGGGGUUGAUGAUGUGACUCACUACGUUCUAACGUUCAAGUGAUGUCUCAUCACCGUCCACGGCCUUUCUUAUUAAUGUUUGAAUUUUCUAAAACACGCGAAGCGCUCUACGAUAGCUUCGUUAGUUUUGUAAGUUUUACUGGAGUCUCCAUUGCACAAGAACAAAUAAAGAAAAUGUAAAAAAGA